UGCUGAGCUCUGGGAGCUGGAGUUACAGGAAGAGCCUGGUACAGGAGACCGUGCCGAGAGAGAGAGAGAGAGAAAGUGGAUCCUGAAAAAAAAAUGAGGCAAGCUAUGUUCUACAGCUUCUCCAAAAGGAACAUGUAAAAACUAUAUAACUCGUUGAAGUUUAGGAGGAAGUAAACAUUGCUUAAAUAGCAGUGAGUUGAAGAGAACUUUGCUUUCAACCUCCAGAUGUUAUUGACUUAAUAAGGUUUUUUAUGAAGGUUCUCCCACCUUUAUAAGCUCCAGCAAUGUCACGUUAUAGAUACUUCAUAUUUAACCAGCGUGGUAUGAUUCCACUGGGAAUUCUGCAGAUAGCUUGUUCUACUGUCUGUGUGGUGUGUGGCUUCAUAGAUGGAUCAGUGAGGAAGGAUUCGGUACUUCGCCGGACUAGAAUACCCAUCUGGACGGGCAUGGUUAUGGCAUUUCCAGGAGUUUUGGCAUUAUUUUCUGCUCAGAAAAAAAGUCCCAUUCUUGUGCAUGCUAUGGUUGGAUCAGCUAUACUAUCUUGGUUAACCACAACUGUUUUAAUAAUAUAUGCGGCAUUGACAUUGAGUUAUGGUGAAGAUGAUGAUGAAGUGUUCCAACAUAAACCCAGCGAUGUCAUACACAUGGAAUAUUUACUCAGUAGACUUGUUCAAGGAGUCAAUAUGACUAUACUACUGGCAUCUGUGGUUGGUAUUCUGAUGACAACCAUCCUAGUGUAUCUUGGUUGUAGAAGCCUCCCCAUCUGUGGCUGUUUUGACAAUACAACUGGAAUGCAGCCAUUGAUGACAGAAGACCAUCAACCUCAGAUGAUUGAGUUAAUCAGUGUCCGGAAAAAUGGCAGUGCUCAGCGAAUCCUAAAUGAUCCAGUACUGAAUGAUGGGAAUGGAGAGAAAGAAGAGGCAGAGCUGAUGUCAAAGUCAACAGCACCCUACAUGCUAUUUACUUAAAAUCAACUUUAAUCACUUGUGGUUGCCUUACUUGAUAGACAAAUGGAAGAUGGUUUCCUUUUAUUGGACUUCAUUGACAAGAAUUUGAAUCCGAGGAAAACUUAAGAAGUUUACCAAUAUUUUCCUCAGCUUGGAAUAGUUUUUGUACAAAUCACUUUUAUGGCAGUCAUUGCUAAGAGUUAACAUUAGCACUGAGUAUAUUAAAAAAAAUCAAUUGAAUAACCAGAUAAUUUGCCACCUUAAUCUUUUUAUAUAAUUGUACGGCUGUGAUAGGUGAUGUGAUUUUCAGUGGCUACCGUGUUACUGUUUAGUGAGCAAUGAAAAAGUAUUGUUACAUCUAUUUUGACCAAAGAGCAGUUGAAGUGUUAACAUUAAAAAAAAAUAAAUUACAGUCUUAAAAUGCAUAUGUAUUUUAAAAAUUUACUCCACAAAAUGUUUCAAAACUUACUGUAGAGGUUAUUGUGAACUCAAGAAAAUAUGCACAUGUUGGAAAUCCAACCCAACACACACACAAAGUGCUGUAGGAAAUCAGCAGGCCAGGCAGCAUCAAUGGAAAUGAAUAAAUAGUUGACGUUUCUAGUUGUGACCCUUCUUCAGCACUGAAAAGGAAGGGGAAGGCAACAGAAUAAAAAGGCGGGGGGAGGGGAUAGCUAGAAGAUGAUAGUUGAAGCCUGAUGGGUAGGAAAGACAAAGGCCUGGAGAGGAAAGAAUCUGAUAGGAGAGUGAACCAUAGGAAAAAUGGAAGGAAGGGGCCAGGGGAUCCUCUGGAGGGGGUCCAUGUCUAAAGCCACUCUCUCCCCCUCUAUUGCAACAUUUCUCCAAAACAUGCACAGGUAACGCUGUUCUUUUUACAUCUUAGGGUACCAGAAGUUGAGAACAGAUAUUUUUAACUUCGUGACACUCUGAAAUGUAAUGGGUAAUUUUGCCAGUAAUCAUAAAUUUGCAGUAUCUUUAGACUAGGUCAUGUUUCCCUUUUUCAGCAGGACUUCAGUUUUUUUUCUUGAAUCAUCCUGUUCAUUAGAAUUUUAGUUUGAAAUCUGGAUGCAGCAUUGAGCAACACUUCUCUAGUGACUCCCACCACACACAGCUUUUGUUACCUUUCCACCCUUGUCAAAGGACUUCAGAUCAAAAGCCUCUUGGAUUCAGCAAUUUUAAAAAUAUAAAUUACUAGACACCAUGGAUAUGAAUCCAGAGUUUCCAAGUGGAGGGGCCAGGAAGGAUUUGCACUGGGAUUAUAGAGAAUAGCAUUUUUGUUUAGCACUAAACUUUGCAAUGAAAUGGGAAGCUAUCAGAAUUAUACACAUACUGAAAUGUUCUUUGG